AUGUCCCGCCACUACAGCCUCCUUAAAGAGGAAAACGAACGCAUUCUUUGGAGUGCCAGCAAGAUGGUGAGUUUGCCCGAAAUGUCCAUUUCUAAAAUUAUAUGCUAUGCUAUGCACCUAUCAAGAAUUUUAUUGAAAGGAGACAUUUCAACGAAACCUCUUAACAGAGUCUCUAGAGUGAAAUUAUAGAAUCUGUAACCCGAAAUGUUUUGUUACAAUUACUACAAACUUAAAAACGAGAAGCUGAAUAAAUAACGUCAUUACAUAGUCAUAGAACCAUUGCGAACGGCACUAUAACAUGUAUUGAAUGCUCAGAAAGAAAUUAUAGCAUAAGUUGUCAGACAGGCAGACGGAUGUAGUCAUUAAGUUAAGCAACCUGAAUUUCGCGAAAUACGUAAUAAACAUUGCUCAGUACCCAAACUAAGCGUGAAAAAAGAUAGCCCUUACACAACAACUGAAAGUCUCUGCUAACAAGACAGUUGACUUUACUUUACAGGGGCACCCAACGGGAAAUUUUGAGAAAAAGACCUAAAAACAACUUACAACAAAGCUUGAAUAAAGCUUUCUGAAGCCAUUUUAAGCAUUUUGAGUGAUUGCUGGGAAAAAUUUAUCUGUUCCUCACUCCCCGCGCAGAGAAAAAGAAAGCAGUUUGUUUGUAACAAACGUAAACUUGCUUUUUGCGAAAAUUUAAAACGUUGGGGGAACGUUACGUCCACAAUUUUGUUUCGAGGAACACUCGCGUCAUUCUCAUUUCUGAAGCUUUGAUUAAAACGAAAACCGAUUAUGGCUCUUUUUUCGCAUUUGCCUAUGAAUCACAAUGAAGUUCUUCGUUGCCAGAUAGUUGCAAAAAGAAAAAAAUGAUUCGCUGUUUUAGCCGACAGUGUACAUAGAGAGGUAAUGCACCUUGGAAACUCCUCCAGUUCCCCCUAUGUUUUUUCGUGCUUUCAAAUAAAAACAAGCAUAACAAUUGUCCUGCUGAUAUGGGAUUUCAUCCAAGAAAAAUGUUGUUAACGCGUCCUGUGUUCCUUUUUUUCACAGAAGUGGCUUCAUGUUAAGACACGAAGAACAGGUGAGGCGGGAGCAUACAGAUGGAGCAUCCCGAACUGCUACGGCGACAUAUGCUCGUCAAGCUUUGAGAUGUGGGGCCGUAAGUGGCGACUGUUCUGCCUACGACGAGGAGGCAUCAUCCAAUACGGCCUUGAAAAUGAAGAGGGAGACAGGCCUAUCCACUUGUCAGUGAGGUACGUUUGCAUGCAGCAAAUUCUUAAAGGGACACACCGUCCUGUCUGAAAUUUAUAUUAUACUCUGUAAACCUUAAGUGGCGCAGUGGGGGCUAAGGGGAUAAGGGAUGGGAGUGGGAUGUCUGUGUUGCGACCUGUUCAGCUAACUCGUUUUUCUCUCUUUGCAGUUUCAUCGUCGAGAGCAGCAGUGGGGGUAAAGAAGUAUAUAACAUACCCGUUUUGGAGUUUAAGAAGGGGCAGAUGACCGAGCAAACUAAGACGGGCAGUAUGCCUAAAACCAUCACGGUCAAUAUGGAAUUGUUAGAGCCGAGCUGUACUAAAGAUUCAUAA